ACCUAGCAAUGCGCUACAGUUGAAAAAAUGUCUUAUAUUAAGCUGUAACUGCCAACUUUACAAAUAAUUAAUUACUGCAUAUCUACCACUAUAUUAUUUACUAAUUUUUAAAGUUAAAAAUUUCUUUUAAAUCAAGUUUAAAAGUGUUUAAUAAUCCAGUUGAAGCAAACGACCCGAGCUAUUCGCAUACUCCCCACAGUUGAUUGAAAUCAAAACACGACCAAUUCGAGGGUGCUCGACGAGUCCACCAACGCGGAGCGUGGGAAAACAGCCGAGGAAAACACAAACAACGGAAGGUGGGACUAGGAAAAGCCCAGUGUGAUCACGACGCAGCUGAAAGAAACAAGAGGCAGGCGUCCUCUCCAGCGUCCGUAAGGCGGGCGGUGAAAUUGCGACGUUCGAAGCACUCGGUAGCUCAGCUGCAGGAAUAAGCUGACGCGAAACCUUGAGACACACACACAUACACGUACAAGCACGCACUGACGCACACACACACACACACGGGCGCAAGAGCAGCAGCAGCAGCAGCAGGAAGUGGAAUUGGAACUGAAACUGCAGGCACCAUGAGUUCGCAAUACUCGAAUGUGGAAAACCUGUCACCGCAGACGAUACGUCAGGUGAUGCGGGAACUGCAGGAGAUGGAGACCACGCCGCCAGAGGGCAUCAAGGUGCUGAUCAACGAGAGUGAUGUGACAGAUGUCCAGGCUCUAAUCGAUGGUCCAGCCGGCACUCCAUAUGCCGCCGGCAUCUUUAGGGUCAAGCUGACGUUGAACAAAGAUUUCCCACAGACGCCGCCAAAGGCGUAUUUCCUUACCAAGAUCUUUCAUCCGAAUGUGGCCGCCAAUGGUGAGAUUUGUGUGAACACACUGAAGAAGGAUUGGAAGCCGGAUUUGGGCAUUAAGCACAUACUGCUCACCAUCAAAUGCCUGCUGAUUGUACCGAAUCCGGAGUCGGCGCUAAAUGAGGAGGCUGGCAAAAUGUUGUUGGAGCGUUAUGAUGACUACUCGCAGCGAGCGCGCAUGAUGACGGAGAUUCACGCCCAGCCGGCCAAGUGCGGUGCGGGCGCUGCUGGCGAUGCCAAAGACGAUGAUGGACCCUCGACAAAGAAGCAUGCGGGCCUGGACAAAAAACUGCAGGACAAGAAGAAGGAGAAGCUGCUCAAGGAGAAGAAGCGCAUGCUGAAGAGAUUAUGAGAGGCAUAAGGCCGAGUUCCAUGGACUAGCUAAUCAACCAGGAGCAGAAGCAGAAGCCGGAGAGGCAGCAGAAGCAGUAGAACGACGCGAACGGAAACGGAAACCAAGGGGAGGUGGAGAAAGAUUAAGAUAAACGAUAGGACAAAAGAUGGAUGGCGUGGAUCGGGAGCUAUGCUGGAGCAGGCGCGCUAUGAAAUUUUACACUGAUCUGAACAAAAGAAAGGAGAAGACGAAAAUUAGGAAACAAAAAAACACAAAAAACGAGAGCAAGAAAGCUAAGGCGUUAUUCCGGUAGAGAUCGUUUGAGGAGAUCGGCAAGGAAGAACCACUCCAAAGAAAUGUGCAUCCAGUUACCAUAUACAUAUAUACGAUUAUUUAAACCACACACACACUUUGGUGACAGAAUAGCAACUGUCGGCCGAAGGAACUAGCAUGUAGAAACAGGAAACAAUACAAACCAGAAGCAACCAAGAGAAAUGGGGGAAACGCAAACCAUCUUCUAAGUAAUUUAUGUAGUUCUCUUUUCUUCUAACACACACACACACACACACACAUGAGCUAUAUCCUAGCAUAAUUUAUGUAAUUAGAUUAUAGAAAACAAGGAGAACAUUAUCGCCUCAUAUAUGCCACCAUCACCUCUCCAAAUUCUCUCUAAAAAAGCAUCACCAACUUACCUUAAUGAUCCUUUUGUUUUAAUUCUGUGUCCUUUAUUUUAAAGUUGUAACCUUUUAGUUUUAAAAGUAAAUAUAUCCUUGAUUUGUCCUGCAUAGGUUUUAAGCUAGAAACAAACCAACCAACAACACACACACACAUCCAACACACAACCACAAAAAUACAGCAAAUUAUGAAUGAAAACGAAAAA